CUCGUCUUUAUCUAUGAUGGGGUUGCCUGAAAGUCUCCAGAUCUGCCCUUUCCCAUAUCAGCUAUCCUAUACUCGCUUAAAACAAAAUAUCUCAGAAUGUAAUUAGUGGGGAUUCGAGUAUUCUCAUUCUUCCUUGAUCGGUAAAUAAUAACUGAUUUUUUUUGGCAACAAAUGUACGAUUAUCUGGUCCAAAAAAUAGUCAGAUUUUAAAAAAUCGUGUCGGCAAAAUUCUCAGAAACAUUUCUUGAUGUUAAAAGCGUGGUAAAGAAACAUUUCGUAACUUUCCGGUUUAAAGUUCCUACUAUUAUUUCGGUAUUUAUAAAUUAAUUGGAAGUAAAAACCAGUUUUUCCGAUCGAAACCUGAUGCACACCGUUGCUGUCGUCAUUUACAAAAUAUUCGAAUUUGCACCUUGUUGAGACUGCACAGAACAAGUAGGUCGAAUGAUUUAUAAAUAUUAUUGGCGGAGCCAAUCGAUUUUUUUAAUUGAAAACUGAGGCUUUCUCGCGCAUUUCGCUUUUCUCCUUUAAAUUGUCGUAAUUUUGUCCGCUAGCAGUGAGGUGGUCGCAUACGGUGUUUUUAUCGAUUCGUUCCAGCUUUGUAUUUGUGAAAAAACAUGGCAGAUAUUCUAUCGAAUAUCACCUCGAAGAAUGGUGAAGUAGUUGGAGUUCUCACUAUCAACAAUCCCCAAUUUGCCACCUAUUUGAUAGUCGCUUCGUUGUUGAUCUUGAAGAUGUACGGAUUGAUUCUACUUACCAUUUUCCACCGGCAAAAGAACAAGGUUUUUAUAAGUGAGGAAGACACGAAAAUGAGAGGAGAUGGAGGUUCCGUGGGUACUCACCCAGACGUUGAAAGGGUCAGAAGAGCAUUUCAGAACGACUUGGAGAACAUUCCGGCUUUCCUGUUCAUCAGCCUGGCUUACCUCUUUGUUGGCGUCGCGAAUUGGGCAGUACAUCUCCUCUUCUACCUAUUUCUCAUCGCCAGAACUCUUCAUUCUUUAGUCUAUGCCCUCUACGUGAUACCGCAGCCAGCCAGAGCUAUUUGCUUCUGCUUAGGCCUACUCAUUAAUUGCUACCUCAGUUUCCAUGUAUUGGUUUAUGGAUUUUUUACCGGAUAUUUAGGCAAAUAAACUUUUCCCUACUAUUAAUGAAUCGGAGCGGUUUUCAAAUUCUUUAAAUAAUGUUUAACCAGAGACCGUUGCUGUAGAUGCACAUAAAUAAAACACCUAAAUCAAGUGCUUAAAGAUUGUAUUGUAUGAGUAAACAGUUUAAAAAAAUAGGAAAACCUUUUUUAGUUUAUAGUUUCCCUGUUCUUUUUAAGUGAAAACGCACACAGAGAAGUACAAAAAAACACUUGCAUGUACGCAAAUGGUUAAUCAUCCACUCUCUUCUCAGUACU